AGUUGAGAUUUAACGUCAAGACAAGGCAACUAUGGUUAAGUUUACACAAUACUACAUGCGAUAUGUUUGUGUCAUUUAUUAAUAAAGAAUGAAGGGAACAACAAAAGUAAACAACUCCUACUAAAUAGGGUGAGUACUUCGGCUUUUUUUUCCUUUGUAAAGAUCGCUGCUUGUGGGACUUGUUUAUUAUGCAGGCUGUCACGGGUUUUAAUUAGGUUAACAGAUUUUUGCCUUCGAUAAUUCAAAGGGUUUUUUUUUAAAUAGUCAACGUUAAUAAAAAGUUGAUUUAUUUUAAUAUCAAUCAUAAACCAUGAUGUAUUAGAUCAUUAAAUCUUGAUCUAGAGAAAGUAUUAUUAACUACAAACAAAGCAAAUUGGUAGAUCGUAUAAUAUUUUUAUUUUUCAUCAAUUUAAAUAUGAUCUAUUUUAUGAAAUACAGAACGGAAUUUAUAAAUAGAUCAACACGCAUAUAUAUAUUUUUUUUUUUCAUUUCAAGGAAGUCAUUGUUGUUUUGAUGAGAUUUUACUUCGUCACAUUAACAAACAUAUUGGUAUCCAGGAGACUUGCACGUAUCUCAAUUUAUAAUAGACUUUUCCAUAUCUGUUUUUAAUGAAGAAUUUGUUAUGUAAGUUUUAAUCUUUUUUAACAAUUCAUUGAAUUGGAAAAAAAAAAGAAGUAUUCUAUUAUUACUGAUAUCAAUAAUUCAAUCCAACAAAAUUUGAGCUGACUGAGACCAAAAAAUCGAUUUAAAUUUUAAAAAAACAAACAAAUACAAACAAAAAAACUUACCCAAGGAAAAAUAGUAUAUUUGUAAAUGUUUAUUUAUGUUUAAAUUGCUGCAAAGAAUAAAAGAAUACAAAAGUGCAAUUAUUACUAUAAUUAUUUUUUUGAAAAUCAAUACACAUGAAAAGUUAGCAGUUUAAAAAAAUAAAUCUCUAUUUGACAAGCUCUCUAAACGGUCAUAUGUUACACGUAAUUUUAGAAAAAACUCUUCCGUGUUUUCUUUCUGUCUUAUCGUUUCCAACAUAAAUUAAACGAUUUUUUUUUUACAACAGUUUAUUUUAAAGCGUUUCUUUGUUAAUUUUCUUGACCAAAUCAAUACUCGUAGAAAGAAAUUCAUUCUAUUCAACUUGACUUUCGCAUGACAAUAAGAAGGAAAGAAGUACAGUGUUUCUCAAAGAAACGGGCAACACUUCUUUAAAGAGUGCAAACCUAACUUUUUUUUUCCAGGGCAACAAAGUUAAUGAGCUAACGCGAGCCUGACCUCUCUGCCUAAGAAACCGUCUUACAGCUCGUUCGUUCUCUGAGGAUUUUUGUGUCAUGGCGUACAGUUUCCAGCCAUUACUAUUUGCGUUUCCAUGUUGCGAGACGUGCGUGACUACAACAAGAAUAUAUCAGCAUGUUUACUUGUAAUCUCGUCUGUCUCUCCCGAAUUUUUUCCGAUGUUCAAACUACGGCCCGCGGGCUAGAAUUAGACCGUCAGUGGUCCUUAACCCCCGAACAAUAGUGUCUCUUGCUGGUACACGAGCUGCAUUGUCGAAAAAAUAUGUAACGUUAUAUUGAAAAAAAGCAUGCCCAUUUCAUUUUCAAGUGCUAACAGCUUUAUAUUUAUUGACAAAUUUGUUCUACAAUUUUUUUAUUUUUUUUUAGUUCAUUACAAAUAAUUUGUAUGCAGUGCGAUAAGGCGGAGCCAUUCUUAGGAUUUUGGGAGCCCUAGGCAUGGAGCGAAUGUAAGGAGGCCCUGGAAGGGGGACAUCCGGGGGCGGAGUUCACCAGAAGCUGAGGAGAAAAAAACCAUCCACCACUGCAACAGCUCUAUUCUGCCUUAGUCACUGUGUCCUCUUUGCUCGCAUGUAACAACUAUCCAUAUUGAUAAUUCCGCCACUAUAGAACAUUUUUACUUCUGAAACAUAUCAACUUGCAAGUUGUAGGCUGAAAUAAAAAAAGCGCCCAUUGGGGCCCCUUUGGCAGUGAGUCUCUAGGCGCUCGCCUCUGUUGACUAUGCCUAAGAACGGCUCUGGAUUAGGAAUUCGUUUCUAUAUAUCCAUUUUUGUUAAAAAUAGACAGGUCCAAAGCAAUAGCUGAGUGACCAAAAAAAAUAUAAAGGUUUCUGGUCUAUGUUAAAAAAUAAUGAGACUAAGUGUGUGUGUGUGUGUGUGUGUGUGUGUGUGUGUGUGUGUCUGUGUGUGUUUGUUAGUGUUAAAUACCUUUAGCCUAUUGGUUUUAUUAAUAAAUGUCUUAUGAUUCUAAAUUUGUAGUAGUCCUACUGAAAGAAUAAUUUUAAGUAUUAUUAUUAAAAUCAUGAUAAAAGUGUUUACAAUGCUCUUAAACAAAUUAAAUAAUGAGUUUCUGGUUUUAAGAACCGCUCUAAAAAAAAUUCACCACCUGGUGGAAAAUACCACUAGAGCGUCAUUGUGUAAGGGGCGGUAAAUCUUUCAAUGAAUCUAGUUAUUCCGCUUAGAAUGUCAGAUUUCUCACAGAUGUGUUGGUACUCUCGACAUCAAAUCAAACAGCAGUGUGUGCCUUCCAUUCUUCUUGUGUUCAGAUUAUUUCGGUCAUAAUGUGUGCCUUAUUUUUUAACUUCCAUUGGUAAGAAUCUGUUGAUUUUUUUUUUUUUUUCUUUGGUUUGUUUUUUGAGUAUAUGUUGAAUUUGUAAACUUAAGAAAAAAGUUUAUGUAAAAAGAACUGUCAUUUUUUUUUUUUUUUUAAUGUUAGAAUUAUUUAAAGUUAAAAUUAUUUUUUAUACAAUUCAAAAUUUUUUAGUCGUUUCAAUUUUUUUUUUGUUUUUUUUUUUUCUUGCUUUUUAUUUAUUUUUUUUUAACUUCCAUUGGUAAGAAUUUGUUGAUUUUUUUUUUUUUUUCUUUGGUUUGUUUUUUGAGUAUAUGUUGAAUUUGUAAACUUAAGAAAAAAGUUUAUGUAAAAAGAACUGUCAUUUUUUUUUUCUUUUUAAUGUCAGAAUUAUUUAAAGUUAAAAUUAUUCUUUAUACAAUUCACAAUCUUUUAGUCGUUUCAAUUUUAUCUUUGUGCUUAUCUUUCCUCGCUUUUAAUUGCUAAUAUCUUAAUGGUUAGACAUGAAAGUGGUGCUUUAAAAUAAAAAGAAAAUCAAUGACGCAAAGCCAUUAAUUGCAAUUUAUUUCAUGUUCUAGCACUUGAAGUAUCUGUAAAAAUAUUUCCUUCACUCUUUAUAUUGUACAUAGACAGACCGACAUACUGACUGAUAUAUAGAUGUGUAUAUAGGUAUUUUUUUAUGGAUUGGUGGGGCGGUGUGUGUGUGAGUGUUUGGGUUGGAUGGUGAUUGGUUGGAUUGUUGGAUGGAUAGAUUGAUAGUUUCAUAGACUGAUUUAAAACUAAAUAUUACUCUGCAUAUAUGUAUUUGCACGUGUUAUUCACUGAUUGAUUUGUUCCGAAUAUGAACCAUGAAAAUAUGAGAACGUUUAAUGGUUACGGUAUUUCUAAAUGAAUGUUCUUACUUUAUUUCAUUUUCUUUGUUACGUAGUAACAAUAUUUUUAUCUAAUAAAUGAAAGACAGUUUGAAAUUGAAAAAUGACUGUAACAGAAGGGAAAAAAAGCUUGAAAUUACAUAGGGUUCUAGAAUUUAUACAUUAAAGAAAUAACAUAGAAAAUAAUGAAUAAAUUCAAUAGUUUAUUUAAUAAUGCAGAUACAAGAAAGCACAUCUGUUGGAUAACAUAAACAAUCCAGACUCGCCUAUAAACACAGAAAACAUAAAGAAAUACAAACCACCUCAAAGCUGGUGUUGUUUAAUGUUAAACACAAGAGGAGUUCAGUCAUGUCUUAGCACCGAGUUCAUACGCCGCCGAAGCUUGCAAAUGCAGCGCUGAGAAGGUUUGCUUAGCGUUGAACAGGAGGCGAGUAAAGAAAGGGGAUCUGUUGGAUUCUACCCUCGCAUCGAGUACAGUCUCCGUUGGAGUUAACUGAACCGGUAUUGAAAUGUGCCACGAUUAUCGCCAGGAACUGUGUGUUCUCACCUGGCGUGUCUUUCUGUCUGACGAUGCUUUACAUUUUUUUUUUCGCAAUGGUUCUCACAAUAUUUGUCUCUCGAUGUUUUUUUAUUGCUAUUUUUAUUUUAUUUUUUUUUUAGUAUUUCUGCAAAAAAAUCAGAUAAAUUCCAAUGAUUUUUGUAAAAUAAUCUAUUAUUAUUUCAGUAUAAAUUAAACCCUUAAACGCUUCAUAGAUUGUUCAGUCAGGAGUUAUUUUAAAAAAAUAAUUUUUUGAUGUAGCUUAUUUAUUUCAUUCAAUUCUUAUAUUUAUUUUUUAUUACUUAAAACAAAAUUCAUUGAUUGUAUGCUAAACAGAAUACAAAAAUGUUUAUGUAAAAAAAAAGGAGAAAAAAGCAUAGGAAGCCUUUAAUAGAUAUGUUAUGUACAGUUUCCCUAUCAUCAGUAAUAGCCGUAGAAAAACAUUUACUGGUAAAAUGUCUGAGCUCUGGUAAUUCUUUGAUGUACACAUUUCAGCAACAUUGCACACAACUGAGAAUCGUUGCACUGUUUCUAAAAUACAAUAAACCUUUCACAGGGUAAUAAAUCAGAAAAAUAUCACACACACACACACAUUCUUCGCUUUCCUCGUUGUUGAACUUGGCCGUUGGCGGAGCGCUGUUCACAAUGGCAUGUAUAAUUAAGAGCUAAUUUCUUAAAGUGAGGUUGGCAUUUUAAUUGGUCUGCGUUAGGUCACAAAGUUAAUGCAACAUUUGAAGGAAAGUUGACAAAAUCAUACAUUUAACAGAAGUACUAUUCCCUUUUUUUACAUUGCAUGGAUAUCAAUGUGCAUGUAAGUGUCUUAUUUAACUUUGCUGAACUUAUCUUUUUUGGGUUUUUUUUUUUUUUUUGGUAUUUAAAGGUAGAUUUAUGUUUAUAUUUAACUUUUUUAAAGUCCUUUCUUUUGAUUCAUUACAACAAAAAUAAUAAUUAAACCUAAUACCUAACGUAUUGUGAUUAGAUUUAUUAGCUUCAAUACAUUUUGUAUGUACUAGUAAACAAGCUGUUUCAUUAUCAUAUCAUUUAAUUUUUAUUUAUUUUUUUGAAUAUUUUAUUUUAUAUUACAGAUAACCGUGUUUUCCCAGUUACAACAGUACACUCCGAGACCUUAAGCUAAAAAUAUAGAAAAUUUAUCCUGCUGGAUCUUGCCAAGAUGAUUGUGCUUUCCAAAUCAAGAACACACUUGUCCAAGAUAGUCAAUUAUGUUAAUGUAGCGUUGCUUUUCAAAUUUCUCGUCAUUGCAGUGUCUUCCUCAAAUGCAUCAGUGGCCCAAAACCUCUACAGACAAAACGUUCGGCGGCAGGCCAUUAAUGCCACGGCUACAAUGGAACGUCGAGACGUACUUAACGGUCAUCAAGCAAGAGAUGGAGACAAUACAGGAAAAGAAAUUGCUAUCGAAAGAUCAACAGUCGAUCAACAAAAUGUAUCCUACAGCUCGUUUCAGAAAAUGAAUUAUAUCAAACGCCAGGAAAAUGUGUUCAGACACAAACUGCAGUUAACGAGACAGAAGGCAAGCGCUAUAAAAAGACUAAAGCGGCGCCUUUUUAUGCAACGCCCCGAAAUCUCGGAGAUCAAAGAAAUAAAGAAAAACAAAAAACAAGGUAAACUUUUAUCAAAACCGCCUGGGCGUAGGCGAAACAAACAAAACAGAAAUAAGAGGGCUGCAACGGCCGAAAAGUCCAGGUUCUGGGAACAUGCGACGAUCCCGUACGUGUUCGAGCCAAUAUUCUCGGGUGAUGACAAGAUGAAAAUUAUAAACGCCAUGCGCAGCUGGGAAAACGAAACGUGUGUAACGUUCAAAGAAAAAGAAUCGGCUGAUAAGGACUAUAUCGUGUUCACUGUCAGACCGUGUGUCUGUUGCUCGUACGUCGGAAGAAGAGGGGACGGCGCGCAACCGGUUUCCCUGGGCAAGAGGUGCAGGAACACGGGGAUCAUUCUGCAUGAACUGGGCCACGCGAUUGGAUUUUGGCACGAGCACACGAGGCCCGAUAGAGAUCAAUAUGUUGAUAUUAUUCUAGAAAACGUCAUUGAGAACAAAGAAGGCAAUUUCAAUAAGAUGAAACCAGAAGAAGUGUUUUCGCUCGAGGAAAAGUAUGACUUUGACAGCAUCAUGCACUAUGGCCGAAACACUUUGGCCCGAAACGCAUACAAGGACACAAUAGUCCCCAAGCGUCUUCCUGGUUCAGCCCAGAGACCUGACAUAGGGCAAAGAUCUAAACUAAGUCCAGGAGAUAUUCGACAGACGAACAAGCUCUACAAGUGUGCGUCUUGUGGGCGGACGUUCCAAGAAGAGAGUGCGACAUUCAGUCAUAAGACAACUGCUGGCAAAUCAGAAACGUGUCACUGGCGUAUACAAGCGGCCUACGGGCAGAAGAUCGUGCUUAAUAUCACAAAGUUCGGAAUUCCGAGAUCGGCAGACUGCGUCAACGGUCACCUGGAGGUGAGAGACGGCCCCAACUCUGGGUCACCUCGAAUCGGGCGUUUUUGUGGAGAGGAUUUGCCCGGAGUGUUGUAUUCCUCGGGACGAAGAAUGUGGCUUGAAUACAAAACAUUGCGCGGAGACGGUCUUGGAUUUACUGCACGUUACGUUACAGAAUGUGGAGGUGGAAUAAAUAGUGGGGAAGGUGUCAUUGCUAGUCCGACCUAUGAUGAUAAAUACCUUCCUAAUCUUAAUUGCUCAUGGAAUAUCACAGUAAAACCCGGGUAUACAAUAGCUCUGACUUUUGAGUCCUUUGAGUUGGAGAAUGAUCUCAAUUGCACUUUCGAUUACCUGGAAAUCAGGGAAAGAUCAACAGAAACGGAUUCUUUGCUUGGCAAAUAUUGCGGGUUUUCUGAUCCAAAAGACAUUCAAUCAACAGGCAAUCAAGUAUUUAUUAAAUUUGUAAGUGACUCGGCAAUUCAAAAAAGAGGAUUUUUAAUUUCAUUCGUUCAAGAAAUUGACGAGUGUGACAGUGAGAUACACGAGUGUGAUCAGGUGUGCAUCAACACUCUCGGGGGAUACAAAUGUGAUUGCUACGUUGGGUUCGAACUGAAAUCUGAUGGUGCAAGCUGUGGAAAGGCAUGCGGUGGUGUGAUUAACACACCCAACGGGACGAUCUCAUCGCCUUCAUUUCCCAAAAUGUAUCCAGCGAAUAAGACUUGCGAGUGGAUCAUUGACUCUCCAAAAAAUCAUACAAUCGUGCUUACUUUUACGCACUUCGACCUGGAAGCAGGGCAGGGGGAUUGCUCAUACGAUUUCGUAAAGGUGUAUCCAGAGGGAGGUGCGAAAAAAUAUAACAGUGUUAUUCACUGUGGAGAUUCGAUACCCAAGCCAAUUAAAUCAAAAGGCAACACGAUGAAAAUUGAGUUCAAGUCUGAUAAAUACGAUGAGAAAUCGGGAUUCUCCGCUUUUUUUGUCUCCGAUAUCAAUGAAUGUGAGAACAAAAAUGGUGGCUGCCAUGAUAUUUGCACGAACACGGUAGGAAGUUAUUAUUGCUCGUGUCAGAACGGUUACAUUCUCCAAGAUGAUAGACGUGGCUGUGUUGAGGGAUGCUUUUCACUAAUCAGUGAACACAAUGGCAUGAUAACCAGUCCGGAUUUCCCCGAAGACUACCCGCGAAACACUGAAUGUGACUGGCUACUCACAGCACCACUGGGACACAGGAUACGUCUUGGCUUCCAAUCCCUAUCCCUUGAACAUCAUCAAAGCUGUAAGUACGACAGCCUCACUAUUUUCGACGGCGACAAUAGAAACGCCAGUUUGAUUGAUCGUUACUGUGGUUCAGUUUUCCCGGAACACGUCAUUUCCAGGUCUAACAAUAUGCUUGUUUCUUUCACGUCUGACUCGUCUGAGCAAAGAAAGGGUUUCGAGGCCCGGCACGACACAGUUUGUGGGAGUUUUCUCGAGGCGACCUACACACCACAAACCAUCGUGUCCCAUGUCAACUACGGAAUUUUAAACUAUGACAAUUGGGAGUACUGCGACUGGGUGAUAAACGCAUCGUUGGGGUUUAAAGUGGAGCUUAUUUUUCGGGCUUUUAACCUAGAGUACCAAAAAGACUGCGAGUACGACUCUGUAACGGUUUACGACGGUUUUAAUGACUCGGCCCCUGUGCUGGGCAUGUUUUGUGGAAACAAGUUACCAGGUCCAAAGGUAUCUGAGUCGUCUAGUCUCCUAGUCAGAUUUACCACUGACAACACGAUACAAGAAAAAGGUUUUUCUUUUGAAUUUAAAAAAGUGAUGAAAUCCCUAAAGAAAAUAGAUUAUGUUGAUUAGCGAAAUUAUUGUGUGUAUAGUUCGUUAAAGAAUGUAUUAAUCUAAUUUAUUGAAAACUUGAACUGUUAAAUACUUCCCAAAUAUAAUUUUUUUGAAAAUGCCAAAAAGAUUAUUGCUUUUUUUUUAAAAUCAUGUCCAGAAAAGUUGUCUAAAUUAGGGUGAUAAUAUUGUGGUAAAAAUUGUCAAUUUCAUCAAGCAGGACAAUAUAAUUAUUUUUAAAUAAAUAAUUAAGGAACAUUUUUACAUCGCAUUCUUUAAUAUAAUUUUAAUGCUAUCAGAAUUUUAAAAGAAUUACUUGAGUAUUAUUUUUUCUUUGAUUUGCAAAAAUAUUUACUCACAAAAUGCUCAGGUAGACAAAUUUAUGUGUCUUUUUUUUGCACCAAGGUCUGCG